AGCGGUAGUAGCUGUUUGUCGGUGUAUAAAGUAUAUUUGGUGUCAGUCUGAUGUCAGUAGCUGAAAAUAGUGUUUAAGCCUAUAAACUUGUGUUGUGUUGGCCUUGGAAAGUUGCUGGAUUUUGGAGCAACAGAGAUUAAUUUGCCUGCGUACAGUUGUGUUAUGGAACUGGAUAAAAUGGACGAGAACGACUGGAAAUACCACGGGGAGGGCAACAAAAGCCUAGUGGUUUCUCAUGUUCAGCACGCCAGAGUCCUUCGGCUCCUAAAGUACUCAACAGAAGAUGACGAAAACUCCCACAAGACAACUGAACAAGCAUUCCGCCACAUUCAGAACAUAGUAGACUAUAGUAAAAAUGUGAUGAAGCCACUGCUUGGGGAGAAAUUUGUCCACAAUGGUGAGGCAGUGAAGCUCCCAAUAGACUUUGUCCGCCAACUGUCAUUAAAAGUUCAGCGGGAGAGGCCAGAGUCGCGUUGUGACAAAGUGAUGGAUACGUUCAGUGGAUGUGCCUUGUGUCUUCCUAACCUCACCCAGCUGUCCUCCUGUUGCUGCUUUGGACAACACCGACCUCCACUCUGCAUAGAGAUUAAGCCCAAAUGUGGAUUUCUACCAUCCUCUAGGCAUGUUACAAAAGAAAUCAAAAGCAAGGUGUGCCGGUUUUGUAUGCAUCAACAUUUUAAGUUAGCCAGUGGGAAGUGGAAACGGCUGAGUCGGUACUGUCCGCUGGACCUGUUCUCCGGGAACAAGCAGAGAAUGUACCUAGCCAUCAAACACUUGAUAGAGGAACCACAAAAUAACUUCAAAAUCUUCAAGGGCGGAGAGUGCAUUUACAGCUGUAAAGAUGACGCAGAUGUGCUGCAGGAUCUGGACGAGCUGGCCCAGCAUCUACGACCGUACUUCCUGCCGAGUGGUAGCCUAAUCAACGGACAUCAGGCCAGUAAGGUGGUUCUGAAUGAGUUGAUACAGGUGCUCAUGAGUGCUCUGCUCAGCUCCUGGGACUGUCCUCGAACUGUGGAGCCGAGGAAGACGCACUUACCUGAGGGCAGGGUGACCUGUGAAGCCAGCAUCCUACACAGGGACUUGCUAUGGAAUGGUAACCACUGUUUACCCAAAGAUUGUGUCUUGGCAAAAAUCCUGGGGACUCAGAUGCAUGACAAUUUAGACAUUGAAGGGUUGAACCCCCUGUUCAGAAGAGUGGAGCAACAUCUGCAGGACUUCCCCAAAGAGAGAAGUCGACUGCAGAUAGACGGCCCGUACGACGAGAGCUUCCUGGAGAAGGUCCAGAACUGUCCAGCCGAAGACGAUGGCUCCAUCGAAUAUGCAGUUGGAAAGGUCCAUCAGUACCGAGUUGCCAUGACAGCCAAGGACUGCUCCAUCAUGAUCGCCAUAGCACCCUGUGGAGAGGAUGAUGGGUUGGACCAAAACCUGGAGAUCCAACCUGCCAAGCCUCGCUUCUCCUACUCCGUGUCCAUCCUGGACCUGGACCCUAAACCCUAUGACAGCAUCCCUCACCAGAGCAGGCUGGACGCCAAGAUACUGAACUACUACCUGAGAAGCACUCAGCCCAACCACCAGGAAGUAGACAACCUGGAACUAACCAAUCCCGGCCUCUUCCUGGGCCGGGACCGAGAAGACUGUACUCUGGUGUUCCAUCCUGUUUAACCACUCCCUCUGCCAAGGUAGCUUCAGGUGGCUGUUACCCGUAGCCCACACCCUCCCUCGCUGGAACCCAAUCCCCUCGUACUACCCCCACACCCUCCCUCCCUGGGACCCUAACCCCUCCAACUACCCCCACACCCUCCCUCGCUGGGACCCUAUCCCCUCGUACUACCCCCACACCCUCCCUCGCUGGGACCCUAUCCCCUCGUACUACCCCCACACCCUCCCUCGCUGGGACCCUAACCCCUCCAACUACCCCCACACCCUCCCUCGCUGGGACCCUAUCCCCUCGUACUACCCCCACACCCUCUCUCCCUGGGACCCUAACCCCUCCAACUACCCCCACACCCUCCCUCGCUGGGACCCUAACCCCUCGUACUACCCCCACACCCUCCCUCGCUGGGACCCUAUCCCCUCGUACUACCCCCACACCCUCCCUCGCUGGGACCCUAUCCCCUCGUACUACCCCCACACCCUCCCUCGCUGGGACCCUAUCCCCUCGUACUACCCCCACACCCUCCCUCGCUGGGACCCUAACCCCUCCUACUACCCCCACGACCGACUGCUGCUGUGGCCUCUAACCCCUCCCACUACCCCCACACCCUCCCUGGACCCUUACCCCGCCCCAAGCCCCUCCUACUAUCCCCACACCCUCCCUCCCUGGACCAUAACCCCGCCCCAAGCCCCUCCUACUCCCCCAUGACCGACCGCUGCUGUGGCCCCUAGAGCAAUGAUGAAAAAUGCAAAGACUGAAUGAGAAAGACAUUUUAUUUUCUUGUAUCUUCUUUAACUCUUUAAAAACAACAAAAGACUCAUGCCAUAUUUUUUAACCUGAAUGUAGGGGGUGUCGGGCAGGAAUGAUGAGGGGCUUUGAUUGCAGUGGAUGCAUCCAAAUUAGCCCUUCUCCACAGGCUCUGUUCAGAAGUGGUGCACUAUUUGGGGAAUAGAGGGGCAUUUGGGACACAACCCUUGUCACCUUUGACCCUGUGGGCUGGUCUCUUGAAGCACAGCCAGGAAGUGCAAUCUCACUAUCUGAGGCCAAGAGAGGUUUGGACUUGUAGCACUCUGCUGAAUACAAGCGGAUGCAGGGCUGGUCCCCAACCGCUCUCUAUUCUCUAGGUAGUGAGCCACUGUUGGAGUUAAUAAGGCUCUGGCCAAAUGUAGUGUUCUACAUGGUGAAUAGGGCACUAUGUAGUAUUUAGAGGGAGAUUGCAGGAUUGAGGAGUACUGCUACCUACAACAGGCUACUGCUACACAGCACUAAUUGGCUAACAGAACCAGCUCUGGGCUUUUCAUUCACGUGCCAAAAGUGGCUUGUGUUGUGUUAGUGCCUUUUUCAGCACAAAAAUCAGCCUUUAAAAAAUGUGUGUCUGCAUGUUGUGUUGAGCGACUGAAAAUCCAAAGCCUCUCGUCCUCCCCCAGAGAGCAGGACCCUAAGCCUAAAACGUCCCUCACCUGACAAUGUUGAAACUUGCCUGAAGAAAUGAAGAUAUCCUUUGAAAUACCAGAGAAAUGACUGUCCAUAUACAUCUAAUGGCUUGUGUCCUAAAUAACACCCCAUUAUCGGGAACUAGUUUUGUUCAGAGCCUAUAGAGCUUUGGACAAAAUGAGUGCUCCAGUUUGGGUGCUCUUCAGGAACCAGAGACCGUAACAUUGGAUUAGAAAGAAGGAAGAGAAAUGAACCACUGAUUUAAAUCUGUCAGAAUGACAGGGUUAACCAACAACACUUCAGCCGUUCUAAAUGGCAUCCUAUGCCCAAUGUAGUGUACUACCAGGGAGCCCACAAGGUCUGACGUUGUGCACGAUGCAGGGAAUAAGAUGUCAUUGCGAAUGCACACUUUGAAAAGUAGGGGCUUCGAUUCAAUCUGCACCUCGGACGUUCAGAGCUACAGUGGCAUUUCCCGAACAUUCACGGUGAAAUGCUGCUGGUCCGCCUGGCUGGAAUCAUCUUGUCUGUCAGCUGUAGACGUCUGGGCUACAGGUCGAAUCGAUCCCCAAAUCACUCCCACUGUGAGAUAUAACACUCGUGUACAUUAUAGAUAUA